AUGAAUUAUGCUAAUCCAUUUUCUUUAUCAUCUCAUGGAAGUUUCCUCAGUCCCAAAGAAACCCCAAGCAUUUUAACGAGCUUUCUCUCUUAAAAUUAGUCCAUAAGAUCAGCCCAAUCAAAUCCUAUUAAAUUGAGUUUCAUCUAGCAUCCAAAAAACCCAAAGAAAACAGAUCUUGCAUCCCCAAGAUCCAAAAUGGUUACCUUGCAUGAGGAUAGGAAACUAAAGAACACCAAUUUUGAAAGAAUCAAAUAUGUUUCAGAGCAUUCUACUACACCUUAUUUAUGCAUUUCAAAAAAACAUCCCCAAAUUCGUAUUCCAAUACUCCCGAAACUAUCACCUGAACCUAAGAUGGAAGUGUAGAGAAUGCCUUAUAUAAACAUUAUGACAGAACCAACUGCUGCAAUUGAAGAACAUAGUGAUGAAGGGAGAAGUAAUGGCGAAAAAAGUAUGGAUAAUAAUAGGUCAGAUAACCUACUCUACGUUUCUGAAACCUCUCAUAAUUUUGAGGACCAAUUAUCCACAAGCAAACUCUCCCUCAAAUCCCGCUUUAAAUCAGCAGUCUAAAAAUCAUUUCGCUCUCCUCCCAGGAAAUCAUUAUUUAACCUCCUUAUAUCUCACGAAUUUAAUACGCUACAAGAAAACGAGAGGAAAUCCAUCCAAAUUAAAUUCGAACCAGGUAAUUAAGUAUUAGCUACUAAAUUAAUAUACCGCAAAAAAUCUAAAUGGAGGUAAUAAUGCAUCCAAACACAGGAAAUCAAAAGACAUUCUCGCUUUAUUAAUGAUGAAUAGUUUAGCAUAUCAACUAAGGCAUUCCAAAGGAAAAUCAAUUUAAUUCAUGGAACCAACUCUAGAAAUCUAAUUUCAAUUGAAUCCUUUUCUUUACUUCCAAAAUCUUCAAGAAAAUCUGCAAUUAGCAUUGUUUCCAAACUACAAAACAAUACUUUAUCAGGAAUCUCUGAUCAUACGAUCGACAAAAAUGAGGAAUCAGAAUUACAUAGGAACAGCAACAAGGAAUCUAAACCAGUUAAAUUUAAUAUAACAGUGACUUUUUAAAAUACUGAUAUAGCAGCAUACCAAUUUAACAAACCAAAAUAUACUUAUCACCACAAUGAAGAAAUCUAAUAAUUGCAAAGUCUUUCCCCAAAAGCAACUCCAAAGAUCCUUCCUAUGACUUUGCAACAAUCUAAUAAUCAUAUUUCACUUGUAUCAACUAAGAAAUUAGAUUAUAAUUCAACUUUUGUCAAUCUAAAAACCAAGAGAUUAUCUAGGUUAUCUGUUCAAUAAGGGGUGACAUAAGAGGAAGUCUAAAAAAUAGAAUAGCAAAACGAAUUCAAUAAACCUGGGUUAUUCUUCAGAGUUUAUUAUCAAAAUAAAUUAUACAAAUUGAUGCAAAAAUCCAAUUAUACAAAAGAAAACUUAGUAGAAAUAGAACAAGGUUUUAGACCAAAGUUUGUCUCACCCAAUACCAAUACAAUAAUGAGUAAUGCUUACACAAUGAUGUCGACAACAGAAUAGGGAAUAAGAUAGAGAAAAAUCACAAAUGAAUAAUUAAGUGAUAAAAUUUAAUUUUUGGGAAUCAAAUUCCCAAAAUAUUAGAUUGAAUCUGAGAAACCGCCCUUUGAUUAUAAUAAUGAAUCAUCCUUGGAGGGAUCGGAAUCUAGUGAUGAUUCAGAAUCAUAAGUGUCCUUAAAUUAAUUUCUAGAAAGUCCCUUGAAUCCUAAUAAACCAUUAGAAAAAAACAAAAAGCCAUCUAAAAGAAAAAAAUCACUUCAAGAGAUAUCAAAUGAACAAGAUGAUUAAACUCACUUUUAUAAUGAUCAACCUACAGAUUAAAAAUUUAUAGAAUUAUCCACUGGGUCAUUAGUGCUAAUAAAAAAAAUAAGGGAAGCCUUUCAUAUCCCUUUAACUAUUUAGCCAAUUUUGAACAUUUUGGAAUCUUCUGCAAAAAAUAGGUUGUUAAGUUAUAGUGUUUCCGUUUGUGAAGACUUUCAUAUGGAAAUAGUAGAGGAUUUAGAUCAAAUAGCAAAUUAAAAAUUGUUAAAGUUUCAGAAAAAUUCAUAAUUGAACUCUAUGAUCUUUCAAGCUGUCUAAAUCAGAUAUUCUUAGAUUUUGAUUGGGAGGUAUGUCAGCUAAACAAGAAUGAUUGACGUUGAACAUUAAGAUCCUGUUGUUUAAACAACUAUUUUAGAAAUAUAGGAAAAAAAUGACCAAUCUUAAUCUAAUUAAUCACAAUCACAAUUCUCACAGAUUAAGAGCCAAAAAAUGAAUUCUAGCAAGGAAGCUGUUAAAGAGUCAAAUUCUAAGAAGCCUUAGACAGGAGGGAAAAUAAAGUAAUCUUAAAGAUAUCUUACAAAAUAAGAUUCUCUUUAAGUUCAAUAAUAUUAAUCAUGGAAUAGAAGAGCAAUGCAAUCUGGAGAUUUAUCAAACACUCUGUAAUAGUCAAAUUAAUAAAACUCGAAUUUCUUUACUCAAGCCUCAACUGUUCUAAUCACAAAACCUACAUAAACAUCAUAAUAGUCUGUUUUUAGAGUUAUGAGUUCAAAGCAUAUAGAUUUGAAUAGUUCUCAAUAAGAUGCAAGUUCCUCAUUAAAUUCCUCAUAAAAUGAAGAAACUCCUUAAUCUGGUUAAGUGUAAAAGAGUUCAUAGACAUAAACCUAAAACUAAACACAACCAUAGCAACCCCAAUUAAUCCAAGUUUAAGCUUCGAAUUAAAUCAGUUCUGGUAGAAAUUUGCGUUGUUUAGAUGAAGAUUCUUAGUAAGAACUACAUGAAUAAUUUGACUUGGACCAUUUAUAAAACAACAUGAAUUAAUUAAGCAUGUAAAUGCACUCAUUAAGAAUGAGAACUCACAUUAAGGAAUCCUCGAGAAGGUAGAAAUUAGAUCAAAUUUAAUAAAUUAAAUUGGCAAUUUAUGAUCAUAAUUAUACAGAAUUUAUUGAUAAUAUCUAGUUCAUUCCAGAAGCUCAACUAGAUACUCCGUUAUAAAAUGGAAAUACGUUUCUUAUUUUAGCUGCUUAGUGUGGAUGUAGCGAAAUUGUUCAUGAGCUAAUAAAGAGAGGUGCAGACAUCAAUAUUUAAAAUGAUGAUGGCAAUACUGCAGUUCAUUUGGCUUUGGCAUAUGGGCAUUACAAGAUUGCGGAUUUGUUAAUGGAAGCAGGAGGAAGUACUCAUAUCAUCAACAGAAAAGGAUAAAAUGCCUGGGGAAUAUUGUGA